GAUCCAGCAGCCUACAAUUAGACCACAGGAACCUCCUCCACUCCUGUCCUUUGUUAAGACAAAACACACUUUACAUCGGAUAGAGACGAGGUCAUCGCCGAUGGAGGACUCUGAUGUGUCUCUUGGUUCUGAGGUUGAAGAAAAUGAUUAAAACAGGAAAAGGUCUCCUUGUUGCACUGCUUCACACGUCUUUGCUCUCGUCGGCUCGCCUUCAGCCAAGAACGUCGGAGGACGCUCUGCAAAACGUCUGGAGUCAAACAGAACCGGGACGCGUUGGACGAACGGCUGACGGCGACUGUCAGCCAGCGUGCAGGAAGCCCUGCGUAAAUGGAAAAUGUGUGGGACCAGACAAGUGUUCGUGCUCGGCGGGAUACGAAGGACCACACUGUGAUGAAGAUGUGAAUGAGUGCGGUUUGCCGAAGAGACCCUGUUCCCAGCGCUGCAUGAACACGCCGGGCAGCUACCGUUGCUACUGCGAGCCGGCACACACUCUCAGCGCAGACGGAUACACCUGCACCAGAGAUACCACAUGUUUCCCCCUGCGCUGCCAGUUUGGCUGCCAGUUGGAGCGAUGGGGAGCAGCUCGAUGCCUGUGUCCACCUGGCCUCCACCUGGCGGCUGAUAGAGAGACCUGUAAAGACGUAGAUGAGUGUCGGACGGCUAACGUGUGUCCGCCACGGCGGACCUGCAGGAACACCUUUGGCAGCUUCGUUUGUGUCUGCAGAGACGGCUUCGUGAUGCGAAGCCUGCGGGGAUCCGUGGAGUGUAGAGACAAGGAUGAAUGUCUGAUUGGAAACCACGCAUGCAGCCGCCACGCUCGCUGCAUCAACACAGAGGGCUCGUACACGUGUCGAUGCUUGGAGGACCACUUUGGAAACGGCCGUUCCUGCAGGCGCAGGAGAGCAAGGCAGUCUAAGGCUGCCAUGUACUUCAUCUACAAACUCUCCAAAAGGACCAGACCUCUGCACGGGUUGUUAUUCUAGAGCUGCAUGAUAGGAAACCGACAUAUAGACCAUGUCCAAAGUUUACAUCCACUCAUCAUCACCAUUAAAUAAAGUUUAGACCUUUGAUGAUGUUUUGAACUGUUUUUUUCUUUUUUUACAACAUGCAAAGAAGCCAAAUUAAAAGUCCAA